GGCUUCCAAGGUUUUGUUUUGAAUUUUAAAAAUUCAAGAUUUCUACUGUUGUUAAAUUAAAGCAUAAAAAGCUGUUAAAUUAAAGUGAAAAUGAGUGAGUUUUGGCUAACUAUUGCUACAGAAAACGUUCUCGACAAAUGCAAGUGUUGUUUAAGUGAGAUGGAACUGAAGACUCUUUGGGAUCAACACGAAUUCGAAGGGGACGGAGAAGUUUACGGCGAAAUGUUGAACGAAUGUUUUGGUAUUUCGUUUCACCAACCUGACCCAUCAGAGCAAAUUUGUGAAGUAUGCAUAGUACGGUUGAGGGAAGCACUUGAAUUUAAAAAGGAGAUCUUAGCUACACAGGAGAUGUUGCAAGAAGGUGCACAAGUUGUAAAGGAGGAGGUAUUAGAUGAAGAACCGGAGGAUGUGCCUACAACUUAUGAUAAUGUGGAGUUUCUUGAGGAAGAGGACAAAAGCGACGAUGACUACAUACCAGAUGAUGCGUCCUCGAGUCCCGAAGAUUCGUCGCCAGAGUCUCCCAAAAACAAGUACCCUAAGAAGUGUGAAAAGAAGACAUAUAAGCAGUAUACUAGAAAAGAUCUACAAAAUGCUGUGUGGGAGGUCCGGAAUGGGAAGAUGGCGUGCGCUGAAGCAGGCAGAACAUACGGAGUGCCUCGGAAAACUAUUCAGACAAAAGUCAGAGAAUCCAAGUCGGAGACUAGCGAUGUUGUCAAGGUCAAAGAGGAACCCAACGAAAAAUUCUGUAAGUUUCUUGAGGAGAUCCAGACGCUCCUCACAUACACCAACGCUACACCGUUCAAGUCGCGAGGGUGCAGAUACUACUGCUUCUACUGUUCCACCAACGGACCACUCUUCGAAGACCCUGACGAGCUCCGCAGCCACACAACCACCAAGCACGACAAGGAGAGAAUCACCAACAUAGAACUGUACAUGAAACCGCAGUGGAUGAAUGAGAUCAUAAAGUUUGACAUCACAGACUUACACUGCACCGAAUGUUUGUUGAUGUUACCGGAUUGGAAUAACAUGUUUGUGCAUUUUGCUGAAACACAUGACAUUGGAUUCGACGAGGCAUACACCAGAGUGAUACCGUACUCUCUGACUGUGGAUCUACAAUGUGUUCUGUGCCAUGAGAACUUUGCCAACUACGGUAACCUCGAUGCCCACAUGAACUUGCACUUCAGUAACUAUGUGUGUUUCAAAUGUGGUGACACGUUUCUGUCUGUCUCACGGUUCGAUAAACAUUUGUUGACCCACCAAACUGGUCACUUUCCAUGUCCAAAGUGCGACAAAGUGUUUUCUUUAAAAAAGUAUAUGACGAGGCAUUUCACUUUGGUGCACAAACAGCAGACUCCGAAGUGUGUGUAUUGUAAGAAGAGUGUCGAAGGACCUAUGCAUAGGCAUAUAACCAAGGAACACAGUGAAAAAGUUAAAGCGUUCACGUGUGAAGUGUGCGGUAAAGUGUUCACUUGGAAACCAUAUUUUGUUGCGCAUAUGCGGAAGAGGCACAAUGGCAUAAAAAAGUUCAAAUGUGAGUAUUGCCCUAAAAUGUUUCUAAUGCCAUAUGAGUUGAAAAGUCAUAGCAUAAUCCACACUCGUGCUAGACUGUUUGAGUGCGGAGAGUGCAAAGCGACAUUCAACACCAUUACUGCUAUGAAAAAACAUAUAUCUGUUCAUAAACCAAGUGGGUAAUUGUUUUAUAUAAAUGAUCUACAGUACACAGAACCCACCUAACAUUAUGUCAUUUAUAUAAGAUAUAUGUACCUUGAAACAGCAGGCUAAUUCACUAUUGGCUAGUUGACAUAUUACGAAAUUGGGAUUCUAUGUAACAAAUGUCAUCCGGAGCCUACUGGUGGAUAUCAUACAGUAGGUAGAUGACAUUUCUCUAUUGAUUUGAUGUUUGAUCAAACUAUCAGUUUGAUAAUAAAGAUCAAAAUAGUGAAUAGACCAGCUGGACUAGCAAUGAGCUAUAAACAUCUAGAAUGUUUACCAUCCAACUGACUUGAGCCAUAGCCAUUAGGGUUGCCAGUUUAAAAGCCAGAUACACAUGUUUAUAAAGCCAAACUCAUUGCGGAAUAACAAACAAAUAUUAAAAAUUAAAGCAGUAUAGUGUGACACAAAAGAGUAGUCAAAUAAAUGAGGGCUCUGUAGUCACUUGUGGUUCAUAGGGUAACCCUGUGUUCUGUCACCCACUUGGUAUGGGCAACUACCUUGUUAAUGGAAAUUAACAAGGUAGUUGCAAUACCAAGUGUGACUAACAACUGAACUAACAAAAAGUUUAAAAAAAAAUCAGCUAUAUACAAUGUCAAAAUUGAUUCCCAGCUUACACCAAUCAACCUCUAAAAAAGUGUGUCUUCCUUACCACGUGACAUUGGCGAAGUAAAUUGUACCCUAUUGGUACAGCAGCAAGCCAUAAAAUCAAAAAUUGAAUUGAAUUGAAAUAUUUUGUUCUAUAACUAUGUUCUUUUUUUACAUAAGAGGAUUGGUUGACUAUUAUAUUAUAUUAUAUUAUAAAAAAAUAAUGAAUAUAUUUGGAUAAUACUUACUAUCUAGCCUGUUAGUAAGCAUUUUGUGUUACGGGUACUAAGUUAUGAGAUUUCAUUUAUUAAAUUUCAAUAAAUUCAAGUCAAUCUCAUCUAAAUAAAUUGUAUUUUUUCUAAUUUAUCUGGUAAUUAUCAGAAUUUCCACUAUGAUUUUAAUAUCUGAUAAACUAUCAAUAAUGAUUGGUUGCUCUAUAUUGACGGGUAAUGACAGUAAUGUGGUGUUGCCACACAGUGAAUAUUUUAGUUCCAUUUUUAUUAAUUUCUACUCUUGUCGCACUUUAGAGUGUCGCUAGAAAUUUUACACAUAAUAAUAUUUUUUAUUGAUUUGGACAUAAUAAUGGUGGAUUGAUAUAAUUUAGACAUUUUUAAUGAAUACUCAGUUACAUUUAACAAUGUCAAAAAUUACAUUUGAAGGGCGCCAUCUUGUAAUACCUCGAAAUCUUUGGAUUGUAUUUUUAUUUAGAUUCGUAGUUCGAUUUAUUAAAUGUAUAGUUAACAAUGCUGAGGAACAAUUGAAAUGUCAUUGUGAGCUGAAACUGACAGAUGUCGUACCUAUUGUUUUUUUCCGUUGUUGCUUUAUAUCAUUUUGAAUAAAAAAAAUUGUAAUAUAUUUUUGUAAAAGGAAAAAAUAAAGGAUUUGUAAAUAUGUACAUAUAAAGGCAA